AUGGUCACCACACGGAACGGAAAGCGCACAGCCGCCGAGGCCCCCGCGACCGAGACGGAGACGACCAAGAAGCAGAAGCUUCCCGUCAGGGCAAAGGGCGGCAAGGCCGCACCCAAGAAGGCGUCCAGCAAGAAGGAUGAGAGCAGCCGCCCGUCGUCAAAAAAGAGAUCGUCGCUCGUCGUGGAGCUGAGGUCGGAAGCGAGCCCGGCCGACGCCCAGGAGGCCCACGAGCAGCAGAUCAUCACGGGUGCCGAGCAGCCCGCCCCGGAGCCGGAAGCGGGAGAAGAGGGAAAGGUCAUCAAGGACUCGGAUGCGUCCGUGAGCGAGGACCAGGAGGAGAAGCAGACGGUGCUGGUCGUCGAGGGAGACGACGGUUCAGACUCGGACGAGGCGCCGGAAGCCGUCUCCACGUCCAAGGCUGCGGUCCAGGCGAAGAAGUCUGCACAGGCCGCCAACAAGGCCAUCGCAGAACAACAAGCCACUCAGAAGCGUAAGCGCCAAGAGCGCAACGCCCGCCUCCAGGAACAGGCGGCGGUGCGAAAGGCUCAGGAGGACACGGCCGCGGUGGAGAAGUCCAACGAGGGGGGUGAGGAAGAGGAGGAGGAGGAGGAGACCGAGGCAGCGCAAGCAGAGACGACCGGACGCCGGAGGCUCAAUAAGCUCGACCUCCCGUCCGAGCUCCCGGCCGAGUACCUCGAGUCCGACUCGGAGGACGAGAGCGGCGGCGGCGAGACGGACCGGAAGCCCCGCAAGGCGCGCAAGCUGCACACGGCGGAAGCGCAGAUCGCGCGUGAGUCCCGCGGCCCCAAGGACGAGGUCGUCGGGACGACGGUGUUCCGCGUCGUUAAGAAGGAGGACGAGAGGCUGGCGCCCAGGGCGCAGAAGUCCUCGGUCAACGCGAAGAAGGCGCUGCUGGCACGCGGCAGGGCACCCGUAAAGGCGCGCAAGGGGUUUUUGGUCUGA